UUCAGAUAUGACGGACGCUCUCAUACCCAACGGAUGCAAGAACAAUGGAGCGGUGGAGAACAGUCAAUUUAGAAAGGGUAACAAUCCUUUACUCCAGACUGGUCGCAGUAAGCUGCAGAAUAGGAGGGCCAGUCUGAACCAGCAGAUCAUCAAACAGAUGAGGAUGAGAGCAGGUGCAGAGAAUCUCCUCAAGGCAACUUCUAACAAUAAAGUGCGUGACAUGGUGGUGCUGGAGUUGAGCUACGUCAACUCCAACCUUCAGCUUCUUAUGGAGCAAUUGGAGGGUCUCAACAGUUCUGUGGAAGUCUACCAGGAUGUGCAGGAGACGUGUAACAUCCCUUUAAUCCCUCUGGGUUUGAAGGAGACCAAAGAGGUGGAUUUUUCCGUGCCCUUCAAGGACUUUAUUCUGGAACACUACAGUGAAGAUGGCACCAACUACCAAGAGGAGAUUCAUGACCUUAUGGAUAUGAGACAGGCCUGUCGCACGCCCAGCCGCAGUGAUGCUGGUAUCGACCUGUUGGCGAACUACCUGAGUCAGCUGUCUCUGCUCGACAGUCGUUUCUUCGCCCCUAACCGACAGAUGGGCAUUUUCUUCACAUGGUAUGACUCCUUCACAGGCGUGCCCGUGUGUCAGCAGAACAUCUCUCUGGAGAAAGCCAGUGUGCUGUUUAACAUGGCAGCCCUGUACACCCAGAUCGGGACGCGGUGUGAUCGGCAAAAACGCGGCGGGCUAGAUGACGCUGCCGCAGCCUUCCAGAGAGCCGCAGGUGUUCUGCACCACCUGAAGGAGACCUUCACACACACGCCCAGUUACGACAUGAGCCCGGCCAUGCUGAGCAUGCUCAUAAAGCUGAUGCUGGCCCAGGCCCAGGAGUGUCUGUUUGAGAGGAUGACCCUCCACGGAAUCCGCAACGAGUUCCUGGCACUGCUCAAGGUCGCCCAGGAGGCCGCCAAGGUUGGGGAGAUGUAUGACCAGGUUCACCAGUCAAUGAUCCAGACUCCCAUUAAAGACAACGUGCCUUUCUUCUGGUCCACCAUGUGUCAAGUGAAGGCUAACCACUACCGUUCCAUCGCACACUACUUCAUCUCCACUGCCCUGCUGGACCAUCAGCUAAGCCCCAGCGACGAUGAGGACCAACAGGAGAAAGCUCUUUCCCAGCUGUACGACUCCAUGCCAGAUGGUCGCUCUCCGCUCGACAUCCUCAGAAAAGGAGAGGAGAGACAGCGUAUAGGCAAAGCCCACCUGCGCAGGGCGAUCUUGGAUCACGAGGAGGCGCUGAGGAUCCACGGCCUGUGCCGUCACCUCCGCAAGCUGGAAGUCCUCCGCGACAUCCUGGAGGCGGCCCACAAACGCUCGCUCGCCAAGUUAACCGAAAACGAAACCGAGGACGAGUUCGUCGACUACCUGGAGGCUCCCGACAUUAUCUCUAAAACAGAGCACAAAGCAGAGAUGGAAGUGCCAGUGUCCACUAAGGUGAAAGUCAAAGAUUUGUUCCACCGGCUGGGCCCCCUGUCCGUGUUCUCGGCUAAACAGCGGUGGACGGCUCCACGCACGGUCCGGCUGAAGGUGGAGGACCGGGACUUUGGCUUCACUCUGAAAGGAGACGCACCCGUCCAGGUGCAGUCUCUGGACCCCCUGUGUGCAGCCGCGAUGGAUGGGCUGAAAGAGGGUGAUUACCUGGUUGCCAUUGGCGACGUGGACUGUAAGUGGAUGGGGGUGACUGAUGUCCUGAAACUGCUGAAGGAUGUGGACGAGGAGGGCAUAGACAUCAAAGUGGUCAGCUCGUUGGACAGCAACCCAUCCAUGCCAACGAAGAGUGCCACAUACUCCGGCGGGCUGCCUAAGACCUACUCCAUGAUCUGCCUGGCCUUUGACGACGACGACAAGAACCCCAAAGGCAGGAAGGUGACCAAGAAAAUGUCCUUCCUCAGCUGGGGCCUGAAGAACAAACACAAGAGCGCCAGCACUCUGAGCCUGCCCACCGCCGACUACAGCGGCGCACUGCCCUGGAACAAGCCCUGUCCCACCUUCCCCAGUUCCUACAACGACAGCGCCCUGUAUUAGACCUGCAGGUCCG